UGACAUUCAGCACAAAAAUACUCCAUACCUUUAUAAAAGCUCGCAGCAAACAGCAGCACAGCCAGCAUGCCAAUCCACGAGUGCGCCAUUAUUAUCGCUCUCGCUCUCUCAUACGGGCAGUGUUUGGACCCCGGCUUUAAGUACGUUACUCAAACCCAAUCCUCUGAACAGUGUGAUGCAAGGAACAGUACUGUCCCAUAUGACUUCAGUCAGCUGACGAACAAGGACGUAAACUGCAGCUUUUCUCUUCCACACCAAUAGAGAGCAGCAGAGUGUGUGACAGCGUGACUGACGCCCCCGUUUAAAACAGUGAGCGCCUCCAUUGUCCUCAUUGUCAAUACAGCUCAGGUAUGGCCACCUCUAGUCUCAAUUCUAUCAGGGUUAGACUGUACUUUGAUUAUCCUCCUCCCGCGACACCUGAAUGUCGGAUGUGUUGGUUGCUGGUGGACUUAAACAAAUGCCGAGUUGUCGCAGAUCUUUCCAGCAUCAUAAAGGAAAAGCUCGGCUACAGCCGAAGGACUAUUUUAGACUUGUUUAUUGAGGAUUGCUACCUGCCCUCCACAGAAAGUAUUUAUAUAGUACGUGAUAAUGACAGUAUAAGGGUGAAGGUAUCCAGUCCUGUUUAUAUUAAUGGAGCAGAGGACUACCAGAGCUCUGAAGCACAAAACUCCAAGACCAAGAAAAGAGGGAGAGGGGAUGAGACUCAGAUCUGUGAAGGUCUAAGUAAAAAAAAGAAGCAUGAAGAUGCGCGAAACAAUGGCUCUGCACCAGUAGAGGAUGCCAAAAAGAAGAAGAAGAAAGAGGUGAAAGAGUCAGCCACCAAACCUGACACCCCUCAAAAGAACAUUGAAACCCCCUCUUCUACUAAAAACAACAGAAAAAGCACUUCUGCUGUCCCUGCCAGUGACAAAACAACCCGUACAAAGAUUAACCAACCAACGUCAAGUUCGUCGGACAGCAGUGAGGAUGAGUCUCACAAUAAGGCCCCUCCACCAAAACCUAAACCCAAGCAGAAUGGCGCUGCCAAAAAGCCACGGAAAGAAAGCACAUCGUCCGAUUCAUCGUCUUCAGAUGACACAGAGAAAUCCAAAAGCAGCAUUCCUGUACAGCCACUUCCUGCUACUCCUAAACUAUCUAGCACAACCUCAAAACUUCCACUACAGACCCCACAACGUAGAGAGAGCUCCACAGAUUCCUCCUCCUCAUCGUCACCCAGCCAAGUCGAACCUUCAGCUAAGAAAUCACAAGUAGCAACUCAGCCCUCCUCAACUACAAUUCAGUCUGUCUCGUCUUCUGUCUCUAAAAAGCCUCAGGAUAAGCCAGAGAGCUCAGACUCAGAUGCCAGUGAAAUAGAGCUUGUGAUUAAGAAGCCAAACCUGCAUGGAAUGGGAUUGAAAAUUGCUGGUGUGAGCCCUGGUGUUAGUGAGGCAGCAGGCAGGGACAGAGGAAACACAAGAGGUCAGGAGAGAGGCAGAGGUCGAGGUGCGAACCGAGGCAGUGGGAGAGGAGGUUUUGGUAGGGCCAAGGGAACACCGUGGAAACAAGACUUUCAUUUCAACUAUGAAAAUGGCGAGCGGCAGAAACCGAAUGAUUCUCUGACUAAUGAAAGCUUUAUUCUGCAG